GCUGUUGGCGGUUGUCGUCGUAGUUUACGGUGCUUGUAGAGGCAGGUUCUUUAACUCUAAUUAGCCGGCCCAUGCUGAGGAUCCCAAUCGGUAGCGUAGGACUGGACGACAAAGGUGAAGCGACGACGGUGGAAUUUCCGUAGGUCAGUCCGCUCGAGGCCGACCGGAAAAGUGGCGGAUGUGCAUCACGAUGCUCGUGUCGCGUGCUAAUUUUUUAUUCUAACCCAGAGUGAUUGGAUUCGAGUUUUUAAUUUUCUCUGCUCGGAUGGAGGAUUUUCGAGUUCAAGGUGCAAGCUUUUGGAAGUGAGUCGCUGGUAACUGGUAUAGAGUAGUUUGAUAACAGCCUGUCCGUGAAGUGUAGUGGAAUGUUUCUUCCAGUGCUAAGAUAUGCGAAUAAAGGCGUUAAAGAUGCAUACCCCGGCAGUCUACUUCGAGUAGGAACAUGUACGGGGAUUCUUCGAUUCUGUCCGUGCUUGGCUAAUGAAUAAAUAAACGAGUCUGUCGGAUGUCAGCUUCCAUAGUACAGUGUGUUCUGUGAACCAGAUAGGGGCUCGUGACGGUUAGCAAAUACAGACUGUUCGAUUCGGGCUAGCUGGCAUGGAGUUAUGUGUAAUGGCUAAACAUACAUCACAGUGAAUUCGAUUGUAAAGGUAUUUGCCUCCAGAGUGGUGCGUUUACCGUUGAGCAUGUGUUAAAUAAGGGAUGAUUUUGUGAGAAAAUGGACCCAAAUUAGGAUACGGAUCGGGAUACCGGGCCCGUUUCGAUCUAUAAACAUUACAACUAGUGUUAGGUUUUAAGAUUUGUUGGUCCCAAAUGAGUGAUAUUCCGUAUCCUAAGGAACCUUUUCCCGCUCGGGCGCUUGUAGUGUUGUAGUGUGGAAAGGCGGCCACGCUGGUACAACGCUUCAUCGGUGCCAGGAGGUGGUAUUAUUAAUGUGUAGUAGAAGGGAUGAAAGAGUUAUAUAAUUGAAUGCACAGGCAGUAGAUGAAAUGUCAUCAAUUUCAGAAGGAAAAAAAUCAGCACUACCGAUCGAUCUAGUUCGCAGUUCGGAUUACUGGCAGUGGGCGGGAAAGUAGUGCAGAAGAUAUAAUCCAUCAUGAAAUGGUGAAGCGUUGAUGUAGCAGCGCCAGGGCAAGCAAAACAGCUGGAGAAGAAAAAAUGGAAGCAAUUAAUUAAAAAAGUUAUAUUAAAACUAACGAUCGAGAGAACCAUAUAAUUAAUGAGUUUCGACUUUUCUGAUGGUGGUGAAUUAAGGCCGCGGGAUGUGUUGUGUAAAAAUAUAGUAUACAGGAAAUUUCAAUGAAGGAAAAUUUCUGCUGCCAGUUCUUGCGGAACAGUUUUGCAGCACACUGAGAAAUAUAAAUGGAUGAAAGCGGCUAGAAUAUAAUUAGAAGAAUUAGUGUACACUGUUUUCAACGAGAACCGCUUGCAGUGUGGUAAAGAAAUUCAUAAUCUAUUGCCAGGAUAAACGUCGAGUUGAUUGUGGAAGAUUUUCUGACAGUGCCUGCAUCCGUGAGUGAGUGUGUAAGUUCCUGUGAGGGUUCGGUGUUAGAUAACCAUGGCGAAACGCUGUAGGGAUUGGUGCACCAGUUUGGUCUACUGGUCGCUUCUUCUCUUCAGUGCGAUACGAACACGAAACGAAGCCAAUGGAUGGAAAUUAGAUAAUCAAAAUAUUCUCUACACUAAUCAGGACAUCUCGUACGAGUGUCCCAUCAACACAAUGUGCCGAUGUGCCAGUUUACCGAACGAGACCGCCCUGCUGGAGAUCAACUGCAACGAGGUGUCCCUGUACAAGUUUCCAGAAUUCCUCCACGGAACGAUAAAACACAUCGAUAUGUCACGUACUUUCAUCCAUAAUGUCGAUGACGAAACGUUUCAGGGACUGCGGCUGGAGUCAUUAAAGCUCGUCGACAACAAAAUCCAGGAUAUUUCCGAGAAAAGUUUCAACUUCAUGCAGCACUCGUUGGUAUCGUUGGAUAUAUCAGACAAUCAAUUGCAAGGACUUCCACUGGAUUCACUCAAAAAUGUCCAUACGUUAAGCCGAUUAGUGGCACAAAGGAACAACAUUCACCAUCUGGACGGCAACUGGGGCGGUCUGGCGGAUUCGUUGCGCAGUUUGCACAUCUCCGGUAACUCGAUCACCGAGGUGUCGUUCUUCACGCACGAAGACAAACGAUCCAACCACACGGUGCCCACGUUUCAGGCUUCGUCUUCGAUCAUCAACGCCAAGCAGCACCAGCCUUCGCCACCGCUGCAACUGCAGACGAAACCGUUUGCCAAGCUGAAAAAGUUAGUCUGGCUAGAUAUCAGCUCAAACCGGAUCGCCCACAUCAGCCCGAAUACCUUUCCGAAGUCACUGGUCACGAUCGACCUGUCGAAGAACAUUCUCGGCCAGUUUCCGGCGGGUGUGCUGGAGCACUUGCAUGAUUUGAGGAUACUGUCGCUGAAGGAUAACUUGAUUGCCAAGUUAACCGGGGUGGAACUUGGGGUGGUGAAAAUAAAGUUCGAGAAGUUAGAUUUAAGUGUGAACUUGAUAGACGAACUUCCGUCCAGUUUAUUCAACGGAACGGUUCGGGUGAAGGCGAUUAACUUCGAUAAAAAUUAUAUCCGAUCCAUUCCGGCCGAGGCAUUCCGAGAUCUGGGGGUCAUACACAUGGUACUGGCGUUCAAUUUCAUCGAGCAGGUGGACGAUGAUGCGUUUUCGACACUUGAGAACAGUUUGGAAUAUCUGGAUUUGGAACGCAAUCGAUUACUGAUGGUUCCGAAUGCAAUUGGCACCCUCGGCAAGCUGCGAUAUUUAUAUUUGACUUCAAAUGAACUGACGUCAGUAGGUCGGCUGCCAGCAACGUUGAAGGUGCUGUCGCUGAGUGGAAAUAAUUUCACUUCGAUUCCUGUUGAUGGACUGGCCAACUGUACCGAGCUUUCAUACCUGAAUAUGGGCUAUAAUAAAAUAUCCGAAAUCGAAGAGAAUGAUUUUGUUGGCUGGGGUUCCAAUUUGCAAACCUUGCUGUUGAGAAACAAUAAAAUUACCAGCCUAAAUUAUGGUGCUUUCAACGGAUUGGAUACGAUUAAAGAAAUCAGUUUAAGCUUCAAUGACAUUCACUAUGUGCAUCCGAAUGUGUUCGAUAACAUAUCGAGUACGUUGAAGAUUCUCGAGCUGUCAUUCGGUAUUUACCGCGAAGAGUACCCGAUGGAUGCGCUCAGUGUGCUAACGGAGCUGAUGUGGCUCGGGCUUGAUAAUAACAACCUAAAGAUAAUUCCGGACGAAGCUCUUUCGCCGCUCGGUCAACUGACGUACGUGAAUUUCGCAUUCAACCGUAUUACGACUCUACCCCGCACCGUGUUCCGGGCUGACAUACACAAAAAUCUCGUCGAAAUUGAUUUGUCAUUCAACCUGAUCGAAACACUGCAAACCAGCACGUUCGAUAACCUGGAGCUGAUACAAAUCAUAAAUUUGUCGUCGAAUAAAAUAAAAACCAUCGAGAAGAACAGCUUUUACGACCUGCCCUACCUGACGUACGUGGACUUGUCGUUCAAUGGCAUCCAAAAUGUGACCGAAUGUGCGUUCAGCUUCCUGCCGGCCCUGCUCAGCGUGGACCUGAUGCACAACGAGAUGGGUUCGUUCUCGCUGAAAAUGUUCAAACACGUCUCCAACGCCACCACCCCCAUGAGGCUGAAUAUUAGCAACAAUGCGAUCGAUAAUUUCGAUGGAGACGUUAACUCGCUGCUGUACGUUUACUCACUGGACGCCAGCAAUAAUAUGUUACACGACCCGGGCGCCUUCCGGGCACUGGCAUACUCCCUGCGGAUUCUCUAUCUAAAUUGGAACAAUUUCAGCACGCUCGGAAAUCACGCCUUCGGUGAUUUGCAAAUACUGGAGAUUCUCAAUCUCGCCAACAACAAUAUAUCGUCAUUACGGAGACGCAGCUUUGCCGGGCUGGUGAAUCUGCAGGAAUUCGACAUGAGCAACAACAAACUGGAAGUGCUGCAAAUUGAGCAAUUUUCCCCAUUGAAAAAGUUGCGCUUACUACGGCUGGCCAACAAUCGCCUACGGGCAGUGCCGCGAGAUGCUUUCCUCAACACCCGGAUCGAAUAUUUGGACCUGUCCAACAAUCUGUUUGCCGCUUGGCAAGCCACUGCGUUUGCCGACAUUGGAUUCACUUUGCGUUCCAUCCAAUUCAGUAACAAUUUUUUGGAGUUUCUCGAUUCGUACAUGUUCACCAGCACUCAGUUUCUUCUGGAGCUGAACCUUUCCAGCAACCAAAUCAAACUAAUUCCGGAGAGUGCAUUUGCUAACCUUCACAAUUUGACAAUACUGGAUAUCAGUUGGAAUCCUUUCAUUACGAUCAACUUUAAGGAACUUUUCGUGAACGUCCCUCGAUUACGCGAACUCAAACUCCAGCAAACCGGACUCUAUCGGUUACCAUCAUUGGCUCUACCCCAGUUGGUCUCCGUGGACAUCAGUCACAACCACGUACAGGAAAUCGAUUCCUUGGAAGAGCUCUACUACCUACGAGAAUUCUACGCCGAUAAUAACAAAAUCAACAACAUCACUAAUCUGCUUCGAAACAUGCCCCAAUCGCUGCGGGUGCUUGACAUUUCUCGUAAUCCCAUCCGCAAGAUAUCUUUCCACGACUUUGGACCGACACGAAGGCUAGAGGAGCUGUACAUCGAAGAUAUCAAAAUAGCCAACCCGGACAUCUUCAUUAAACUUCACAGCCUGAAGAAACUGCGCAUCAACGCACAGCACAAUUUCUCCGAACUGAUCUCCAAGCUCCGUGGCCUCCAGGAAUUGUACGUCAACGUUUUCGAAGACCACAUCGGCGAUGACAUGUUCACCGCCAAGAUGCACACCAUCACCAAGCUAAACCUGGUGGAAAUCACCGGCCGGCGACUGGUUUCGAUCCACCACAAGGCUUUCUUGGGACUAGCCCGGAAUCAUGACCUGAAGCUGCGGAUACGAAACACCCUGGUGAACGAUCUGCCGCCGGGGAUUUUCUACGCGCUCAAGUACAUCCCCAAGCUCAGCAUAGAUCUGUCGGAUAACAUGCUGGUGGCGCUGGCGCCCGAUAGCUUCUAUCCGAAUGCCAGCUCCUGGGAUGCGGUGGGAACCCGCAGUGUAUCCGGCGGUCUGGACAUCUCCAACAAUCCGCUGCAGUGCGACUGUGGCCUGGUAUGGCUCGGUCACUGGCUCAGGCGGUGGCUACGGGAGACGGCUCAGGUUAACCUGAUACCGAAGGACGAAAUGAAGCAGAUGAUGCGGCGGGCGAAGCGAAGUACCUGCACCGAUCCGCUAACCGGUCGGCGGUUACCGUUCCUGGAGAUAUUUCCCGAGGAUCUGCUGUGCCACGCGAGUGCCCUGAGCAGUUUGGCGCUCAAGUUGCGGUUCCGGUUCAUGAUCAUCAGCCUGAACGUGCUGCUGAUAGUCAUACAUAAAUCUAGAAUUUUGAUAUUUUAAUGCCGGCCGGUGGAAAUUCGCUCGCAAAGGUUCCGUCCGGCGAAACCAGCGGAUGAACAAUAAGGCACAACAUCAGCAGCAACCACACCGGAUGGAGACUAUGUUUGCCACAACCGUUGAUUAUUUUAAUGCUUUUUUCAUCAUACCGAGCCGAAUAAGAUAAUCCAUCUCCAUCACAGCAGACGAGAAAGGGAUGAGCUUUCGGGUGGGGGUUGUUUUUUCUGCUCAUAACCCCCGUAAGGCUAGCACGACUCGGUGGUUGAGUUGAUAGCUGAAAGGUAAGACGAUUAGUGUGUAAGUAAAUGACUUUUUUCUAUCACCUGUAGAAUUGGAAACUCGUUGUAUAUAAUAGUUAAUUUUUUAUACGUACAAGGUCCAAAUUAGUGUUAAACUCUGGAGGUGCGCUAAAGUGACUACCAAUCGGUUGAUUAGGAGAUAGCAAAGCUAUCUAGUGUGAGAUGUUCAAACAAAAAAAAAGUUAGCGCAAAACUGUAUUAAAGCCAAUGCAUGUGAGUUACAAGCGAUUUGUUUCCCAUGAAAAAGAAAAAGCUCCUCAAAUGUGAUAAAUGAAGAUUUGCCAUGAAACAGAAAUGAAAAAAAAAUCAUAACAUGAUAUUAAGUAAAACAAUCAAAACCAUACCAGUAGCAAACAAGAUUAGCAUUCGAUCGGUUGUAAAUUACUUCGUUCCAAGCUAAACUCAAUUGUUUUGAAUAUUUCCCUUUCGCCGACGUUUCGUACUAGUACAAAAAAAUCUUAUUGCGAAUGCUUCCAAAACAAAAACGACAAAACUAAACAAACUCAAAACUGUGGAUGUGAAAAUACUCAUAUUACCUACCCUUGGAAAACACCAUCUUAUCCCAACAAAAAAAACUCUGUUCGUUAUUUUGACGAUCGAAUCAUCAUUUAACCUAUUAAUGUAUAUUAGCAUAAUUCCGAAAACCAAUCACGUCACGCUCAAACGGAACCAUGUUUAGGGGAUUAUUCCAAUUAGCGAAAACAUUUUGUAAUGCUCGACUAAGCAACGAAAUGAAAAUUUAUCACUCAACUGGUGACACGUUCGAUAAUGAGGGAUCGAAAUCCGAAAACAACCAUUCAUGAAUCGGAACGAAAAUUCCACGAACUAAAUCAAAAGUUUUCAAAACAACGAGUUCUGACGAGUCGAGACUUUGAUGCAAACAAGAUAAUUCCAUUUCAAUGCGAGCUGGCUGACAAUUUGGAUGGAAAACAACACGAUGACUGGGCGGAAAAUCGCUGCUUCUGUUGUUUGCCAUCGACGGAUCCAGCUAAGCAUACCGUGAUAAGCACUCAAAUGUCCGGCAAAUGGUACAGCAAUUCAGCUGUCAGCCUGAAUUGAUUGGUCCAUGGAAGAUUAAAAGUUUGAAUUGACUUCUUGGAAGCUGGAAGUUUGGUAUUUGGAAAACGGGCAUUUAAUUCAUUCCAUAACGAAUACAAACUACUUAAUACUAUUGAAGCGUUUACGUUUAAAAUUUCAUCAAUUUCAAACGAAUAAAGAAAAUUCUUGUAUUACUUUUCUAUGAAGAGCUUGACAGUCUUUUUCAAAAAACUCCGCAACCGAUUCAACGAUUAAAUUAGCACUAUAAGUCCUCACAGUUACUAACGAAAUAGAGAUGAAAAAAUGUUAAUGAAACUGAAAUAAAACCGUUUGACGACUCUCGAAUCUGAAAUCUUUAUCAAUCCGUAGAUCUACUGUAACAUUGAGCAAUUCCGUAGGUGACGAGCUGUCCCGAUAGAUUUCAAUGUGGCAACCCUGCACGCUAAACAAAAUUGAACAAAGCACACUGUGUGCUAGGCGGUGGUGUUUUCUACUUCCGUACCAGCACGUACCGAUGCGUAUCGGUUUUGCAUCAUUUUGUAUGACAGCUUGAAAGUUUUGACACUCAUCGCCAUUCAAUUUUGGAACCGGGAGUCGGAUCCAGAUGAAAUUACACAGUGUCUUUUAAGACAAUGAGAGCUUUAAUUUGAAUUAACUGUUGCUGAGAAAUCGAAGUGAGUUCCGUUUUUGGAGCUUUGCUUCACUAUUACCGGUGCUUUCGGAAGCGGAAACUGGGAACUAGUAAUCCCGAAGUAGAUUUCUAUAUCGACUGACUAACAAGGUCUGCUAACUAGAUGAUUUUAGCAGUAAAUUUUAUAAAAAUUCGCACUUAGGGGUUGAGCCCCUAAACCCCCUGUGUUUUCGCGCCUGGCUCGUAUACAUCGAUCCAUGAUUCAUCUCCCAUCACAAUUUAUCUCGAAGCACUAACAUUUCCGUUGUUCAAUCAACACGAACCAUUAUUGGUCAUUUGUUGAAAUCAGUUCUCACAAAAUAUGAAUGUUUUGCUAGCAUAUCAUCUGAUUUUGGACAUCACCGAAAUUCGUCGUUGAGUGCACGACGACUUCAAAAUUGCAACUUCUUUUCAUAGCUUUGUGGCAUAAGCAAGCUUUAUAAAACAACAUUGGAUUGAACAUUUAGGGGCUUUAUGUUUUGUGCAAAAAAGCACAUAUUUUGUUUCAACUUUCUUUACGUUUCGCCUUCGGCUCGUCAGUGCUUAAAGCAGUUCAAAUUGAACUGCCGUCUCGUGCCUAGCAGUUCAACUUAAACCGCUAAGCAGUUCAAAUUGAACUGCCGUCUCGUGCCUAGCAGUUCAACUUAAACCGCUAAGCAGACGCAAAGUUUGCACUAUUUAUG